AUGGAGGUCGACUAUGCCCGCUUCGAGCGCAAGCGAUCUCGAAGCACACCUCCGCCCGAGCGCACGCCGAAGCGACCCUCCCUCAACUGGUCCUCGAGCUUCACUGAGCUCAGGCAGCAGCCGGCCGGAUACCCCGAACCCCCUCAUACGGCUAUACCUCUGGCACAAGCGGAGAACGCGCAAGAUGAAGCUUACCAGCGCGACCAACUGGUCAUUGAUCCUGCAGACCUCGAAGCAUCGUCCUCCUCUUCUUCUUCGUCGUCGUCCAUCGUCAUGCUAGCAGCACAACAGCAAACACAUCAGACCGCUCAACAUGGCGUGCGCAAGCGUGGACCGGCUUACCUCCAACAACGCCAGCUGGGAUUUCACCAGCAAAUUCACACGAGACCGGGCAUGCCCGUUCGACACUCGACAGCCGAAUUCAUCAAGCAGACCGAAAGAUUAGGACUCGCAUCGCCGAAUGACGAGAUACUGCAGUUCUUCCCGCCCGAGACGAAUGCGUCCAGUCAACCGACGAUGAUGGACCGGCUUUCGUCACAGGCGAGUCACUCUGGCAGCGUACGCUCGAGCAGUCUGGCCUCUCGUCAUGUCGAACGUGUCCAUUCGAGCGCAGUCUCUCACUCUGCGCCAGCAUCGCCAGUUCUGCCCCCGGCAUCCGCACAAGAGACGGCAAUGCAAAAUCACAACUGGCUAGCCAACGGAAUGACCACCUCACGUCCAAACACGUUCGCCGGCCAGCAGGAGAGACCGGAUGACAUGCAAGAUGCCACCAUGUCUGUCGAUGUGGCGCCCUCAUCACAGCCAGAACGACGAGUGAGCCCACGGAAGCACAACUUUACGAUGGGCUACCGAGCAGACUGCCUCAAAUGUCAGCAAGGCGUUGAGGGUCACUAUGCACAUGUCUACUAG